GUGGAUGUAGUCGACGACGCGCAUGCCUGACAUUGCUGGUUGCCUACUUCCGUUAUCAAUGUCAGGGCUCUGAAAGUCAUGCUGUCUUCAGCUGCGUCCCGAGCUUCUCUUGUCCUUAAGAAUGGUGGUGGAGCCCCUACCAGCAAACAAUGUUUAGCAGCAUUCAUUAUAUCCACCAGGAACUAUGCAAGCGGAAAUAAUGAUCUUGUGGUCAUUGGGUCAGGACCAGGUGGUUAUGUGGCUUCAAUCAAGGCAGCACAACUUGGCAUGAAGACAGUGUGUGUGGAGAAAAAUGAUACCCUGGGUGGUACCUGUCUCAAUGUUGGCUGUAUACCAUCCAAGUCAUUGCUCAACAACUCUCACCUUUACCACAUGGCCCGCCAUAAGGAUCUACAGAAUAGAGGCAUUGAGCUUGAAGGAGUGCGAUUAAAUCUGGACAAAAUGAUGGCAGCAAAAAGUAAUGCUGUGAAAGCACUCACUGGUGGAAUAGCUCACUUGUUCAAGAAAAAUUCUGUGACACACAUAAAAGGUUUCGGGCGUAUCACAGGUCCCAAUGAAGUAACAGUAGACAAACCAGAUGGAUCCACAGAAAAAAUCAACACAAAGAACAUCCUUAUCGCAACUGGUUCCGAAGUUGCACCUUUCCCUGGUCUUGAGAUUGAUGAGAAACAAAUUGUUUCUUCUACUGGUGCACUUUCCCUUGACAGAGUGCCAGAGAAAAUGAUCGUCAUUGGUGCUGGUGUUAUUGGUGUGGAGCUGGGAUCGGUCUGGUCACGGCUGGGUGCAGAAGUGACCCUUGUCGAGUUUUUGGGCCAUGUUGGUGGUUUGGGGAUUGACAUGGAGAUAUCCAAGACCAUUCAACGAUCCCUGACUAAGCAGGGACUGAAGUUCAAGCUGAAUACCAAAGUUACUUCAGCUGCCAACCAAGGAGGCAAGAUCAAAGUCAACUUAGAGGAUGCUAAAGAUGGCAAGAAAGAGCAGCUGGACUGUGACACUCUCUUGGUCUGCAUUGGCCGUCGACCCUACACAGAGAAGCUGGGACUGGAAAAAGUUGGCCUGCAGGUUGACAACAAAGGGCGUGUUCCAGUAAAUUCUCGCUUCCAAACAUCAGUACCAAGUAUCUAUGCUAUUGGUGAUGUCAUCGCUGGGCCUAUGCUGGCACAUAAGGCAGAGGAUGAGGGCAUCUUGUGUGUGGAGGGUAUGGCUGGUGGGGCAGUCCACAUUGAUUACAACUGUGUUCCCUCUGUCAUUUACACUCAUCCUGAGGUGGCAUGGGUGGGACGAUCAGAGGAGCAGCUUAAAGAGGAGAAAGUUGACUACAAAGUUGGCACUUUUCCACUCGUAGCCAACAGUCGUGCAAAGUGUAAUGAUGACACAGAUGGCUUAGUGAAGGUUCUUGGUGACAAAAAAACUGACCGUCUCCUUGGAGCACACAUUGUUGGAUCUGUGGCUGGAGAACUCAUCAAUGAGGCUGUCCUGGCUAUCGAGUAUGGUGCAUCAUGUGAGGAUAUUGCUCGCGUUUGCCAUGCACAUCCUACUGUUGCAGAGGCUUUCAGGGAGGCAAACAUAGCAGCAGCUUUUGGGAAGCCUAUUAACUUUUAACAGGCAAAAGGGCAUUGUAGAAAGCACCAGAGACGGGGAAUUGAACCACUUAUUUUAUACUAAAGCUGGCUGGAGAUGCUGCAGCAGACAGACCUGACAAGAAAUCUGCACAUCUGAAGAUCAUGCCUGGCUGAGAUUUUCACAGUUCCCCCAGAAGAACUUUUAAACAGCAGUUUUGUGGAUAUCAUCCACACAGCUGGAAAACUGAAAGUGGGCACUUGUCACAGAUGUGAGUUUAGUCUCGACCAUGAUCGUCCUAGCUGAAUGAAUGACGAUGUAGCUUUCUUGCAACUGCUGCUUGUAAUCUCAUAUGACAUCGGCAUGAUUAUCUCAGUGACUGCUCCUUUUUCUUUCUUUUUUUUUAAAUCCAUACCCUCAGUAGUUUGCAGAUGGUCUUGUGAUGAUCUGUUAAAGAAACAUGCACAUCAGUACAUCUAACUAUUGAAAUACUCAGUAGGCAAAUAUUAGCAAACCACCACCACUAGUGGUUGCUGCUCGUGGUUCUCAGGAAGGCUAUAUGUUAUUGUUCAGUGACAAAUGUGCAUGAAGAUUGGGGUGCCUCAUUGAGAUCACAAGGUCAAGAUCUGUAAUUGUGGCAAGCGGUUGCAAGACUCCUGGUUGUAUCCUGCAUUCCAUUCAAAAGUACAAAUCAAGAAAAAGUGGUUUGCUUGCUGGGCAUGUUUCGAUAAUAAUUUGUGAACAGCUUCAGAUUUGUAUCAUGUAAAGUGAUCUGUGAAUACUAGAUUCCUAAACAAAUAAAUGGAAGUGGACAAAAGA